AUGAAACGCUUCCCAAACGAAAUCGUUGAUCACAUUCUAAAUGACUUGUACUGCAGCUGUCUCAACGAAAGGAGACCGACAUGCAACUACGCAACUGUUUGCCGGUACUGGCAAGAACACUUCGAGGUGAAGCACUUCAGCAAGCUUACUUUGACGUGGCUGGAUUUCCCAGAAUUCAAAGACUAUGUCGUCGGUGGAAGAAGGAGACUGGUCAAGCGCAUCAGGGUAAAGGUUCCAUUUGGGUACACAUAUCGUGGUAGCUGGGCCCCGUGGGCCGAUAUCUACGUUUAUAUGAUCACAACCCUUUUUGAAACCCUGGAUACAUGGUGGGACAUCUUCAACAGCAAGAAUCCAGGGAAAAUGACAUUGAAGAUCUCGGUCCUCGGCGCGAACCAAAUGAGGUUGGCCGACCUGCCGCAGAGGUUCAUUUACAAGCCCCAAUUAUCGGAUUCCAGGACACCACCAGUCCACGCGGUCAACCGUCUGGUGUUCCAUCCAGGCGUUUUCGACAUCUUUCGAAGGCGCCGGCGAAGCUUGCACUAUCUCCUGCGAAGCUUGCCUGCGCUGCGAGUCCUCGAUUCCGAGAAUCGAAGUAAGGAGCGUCAAAUAUAUUAUGGACGAGACUUGACCCUGCCCUCUGAACUCUACAUAGAUCUUCUAGGGAGCCUGCCAGUCUCCUGCGCACUAGGACUGGGUCUGGCCGGGGUCAGUCGACAGCUGCGACACCUCGCAGCGUCCUUCGUCGUCGAAGCGAGCCACUUUUUCCAGCCCUUCUGGCCACAACCCCCGAACGCGAGGCCCACCAACACGAGCGAAUGGGUCUGGGAGAAACUAGAGACGCUGGCACUGACGUCCUCGCUCCUCCGCCGCCCGCAUGAGAAUGCAAAAGAGGUGAACCAGCUGCUGGAGGCGACGAGCAUGGCCGUGAGGAGGAUGCCGAGGCUGCGCACGCUGGAGAUGUGGAACGGGGACGACGACCGGCACGCGUGCGUGUUUCGCUACAGCUACAGCCCGGCCUCGAGACGGGCCUCGCUCACGCUGCUGGGGACGAGUGAGAUCGGCAUCACAGAGGACACCGAGCGGUCGUGGGACGAGACCGUGCGCCAGAAGACGGUCAUGGACUGGAGCGAGGAGGUUCGGAUCCGGUUCGAGAGGCUGGAAAUCACCCCGCCCUUUAUGGCGGAGGCGGUGUCUUGGUUUUUGGAACAGCGAGAUCGCGUUGCCACGCCAAAGGUUGGUGAAACCCCUUUUAAGUUGCUUCUUUUCCACUCAUUUACUGACCCCAAGUACAGGCGCUAG